GGCCACUUGAGGUCUCGGCUCCCCAGCUGAGAAUGAUGCUCUCUCCCUCCUCUGCUUUCUCCAACUUGCUUGUUCAUAUCUCUGGCUUUGCAGCAGGGUGACAGCCACUCUGCCUGUGCGCCGAUCGCGAUGGGUCCUGCGCUCAGCUGGGGCCUCUAAAACACCACUGUGAAUAACAAACACGAUUUUUCUUUUUAUGCUUGACUUCUUCAUCUCCAUCUCCAUCUCCAUCCUCCAGUGCCUGUGAGAGGCUGCGAAGAGACACCAUCGUCUGCUGCUUCAGGGUCUCAGCAAGAAAUGGAAGUCUGAUGGAUUAUAAAUGCACGUGCUUUGUUCAAAACCCAGCCAAACAGAUAAGUGCCAUUUUAAUUAUCUUGCAAUAGCAUUUUAGACAUAUCUGUGCACGAAACAUCUCUCUCCAGUUCGGUUUCAAUGUGGUGAGCCCUCUGUGUUUCACCAUUGCAAAUGAACGCUCUAUGGUUCCCCUUUCAGCUGAGGAAUCCCAGAUGAUAUCUGUAAUUCACAUGAGCUAAUUAAUUAGCGUCUGAGGGAGCUGCAGCUGCUGGCUCGGGAAGCUCCUGGGGUCUUUCCCUGCUCCUCCAGAGCCUCCAUCUCCAGCAGCCCUGCGAGGUUCUGGGACUCUAAGAAGCGGCUCUGCGGGACCAGAAGAGGCUGGUGUGACCCAUCUGAGCCUCGAGAAGUCCUCCGGGACUCAUUAGAGCUUUAAUAACUAAAUUUGGCUGGUUUGAUUGAGAAGAUGCUUGGGCAGGCUUGGCGCGAUCUCAGAGAAACCAGCAAAUGCUGCUGGCAGGAGCGAGGGCUUUCUGCAUGUGCUAUUCAUAUGUCUGCGGAGAAAGUGAGAACCCCCACUUCUUCCUGCUGGUUUCCAGGUGGGAAAAUAUCUGGUGAUAGGGGUGAGAAGCCCUUAGUUAUAACGAGUUUAUACAGGGCAUACAAAGAGGUAUUGUGGGUGAGUGGUAACAAGAAUUGUCCCCUCGAAGUUAUGGGGACAUUUAUGUCUAUGCGUGGAAAAUACAGACUUCCAAGAACUUUAUUUCUGGCUGCUUAGAUCUGCUUCUAUAGGUGACUGCUGCCUGCUCCCAGACACACCACUGCCAUUAUUAAAUAGUUUAAGAAAUCCAUAAAAUACAGUCUGAUGUACAGCGUAACUUUGCAGUAGUAUAGACCCAUGGGGCUGGGGCGAAUACUCAUUCUACCUGCGAUUUUACUGCAAUUUGACAGGAGACAAAUCACUUACUCCAGACCUGUCUAGUCUGCUCUACUAGAGUUAAUUGUAAAGUGUCUACUUUGCUGUUAGAAAAACUACAAGCAGGUUUGCUACAGCAAAUUAAACAGUAAUAGCUGAUGUGAAUUUGUCUUACCUGCCUAGGCAGAAGGUGAGUUUCUUGGUGAAGUUGCCAGCCUGGGACUGAGAGACUGGGGAGACAAAACGGUGAAGUAGGAGGCUACUGUGGUGUGAGAGAAUAGGAUCUAGAUCAACUCCUGUGACCCCUGGAGUGUCUGAAGUUCCCUCUUUUUAAAGAAAAACUCUCCACUCCUGCUGUUGUUAUUGAGAAAGUUUUUAUAUUAAUAGAAGAAACAAUAUGUCUGAUAUUAAUGACUAUUCUCUGUCUUGCAACUGUAAGCAGCACUUAUUCCAGACUCUUCAGUACUCUGAUAGAAAAAACGCUUGAAAUUAAAAAAAAACACUGAUAAAAUGAAGCCCUAGUGAGAAAAUCAGGGUUUGUUUGUUCUGCAAGGAUGGAUGGGAAGUUAAAAAUGCUUAAAUCUGUACCCCAGCUAACACAGCUCUUUGCUUCUCAAAAAAACCAACCAAACAAAAACAACAACAAAAAAAAACACCUCAGAGAUUCUGAAGUUGUUGAUCAUUAGCUUUUCAACUUGAAAUCUGCUUUCUGCCAGCAUGCUGAUACCAAUGUUCCCACAAAUUAAGUCUCAUUAAAUUACCCUAAUCUGGCCAGUUCCAGUCUGGGCAUCUAGGUUGAAUUUGGAAAUCAUAUCCUGAAUUGUGGCACACAACUUGCAACAGUCUGUGGUCCCUGGCAGAAGAGGUAGAACACACUGAGCAGUCCAUCUCUGGAGCUGUAUGGAUGUGAGAUGAUGAUGCUGAGCGUGUUACAGGCACCUGUGGUUUGGUUGGUGCGUCCAGCAGCUUGAGGAGAAGAGACUCCAACAGAUCUGGACAGGUUAUUGCGAAUAGUCUUAUCCUAAAAAGAAGACCCCCGAAUCUCUAACUCUUUCCUCGUCUUACAGGUGAGCCCUUGAGGACACUUAGGAGACCACAGCUCCUGGAUGCAAGAGUUUCCUUUGGGAUUAGAAGAAAAACAUGGGAAAAGACAAGAAAAAAGAGGAGGCCGUCUUCCUGAGGAAAAAGAUAACUUUGCUGAGGGCUUUCUCACUCCUCAUUGGCAGCAUGGUGGGCAGCGGCAUCUUUAUCUCCCCAAAAGGAGUACUGAAAAACUCCGGCAGCGUGGGUUUCUCCCUGGUUGUCUGGUUUGCCUGCGGACUCCUCUCAAUGUUUGGUGCCUUGAGUUACGCAGAGCUUGGAACAAGAAUCACCAAGUCUGGAGGACACUAUAUCUACAUUUUGGAGACACUAGGGCCUCUGCCAAGUUUCUUAUUCCUGUGGGCAGAGUUUUUUGCUAUCAGACCUGCCAACAGCGCUGUGGUUUCUUUGGCAUUUGGACGCUACAUGCUGGAGCCAUUUUUUGCCCCCUGUGCAAUCCCUGUCCCUGCUGUGAAGCUCGUGUCCCUCCUGGGGUACUACAUGGUCCUCACCCUCAAUUCGUGGAGCGUCACCUGGAGUGCCCGGCUGCAGACAGCUCUCUCCAUUGUCAAACUGCUAGCACUUGCACUCAUCAUCGUGCCAGGGAUGAUGCUGCUGGCCCAGGGCCACACUGAAAACUUCCAGGAUGCUUUCAACAAACAGUCACUGGUUUUGGAUAAGCUACCCCUGGCUUUUUAUGCAGGCAUGUUCGCAUAUUCAGGCUGGUUUCAGGCCAGCUUUGUACGUGAAGAGUUGGUAAGACCUGAACGAAAUAUCCCCCUGGCUGUCAUCGUGUCUGUGGUCACUGUAAUUGUGGGGUACAUGCUCACCAAUGUCUCCUAUUACACCGUCCUGGGAAUGCAAGAUGUUCUGGCUUCUCCUGCUGUGGCUGUGAGCUUUGUGCAGCGAGCCUUCAAAAGCCUGAUCUCAGUGGUCCCUGUCCUUGUUGCACUGUCCUGCUUUGGAACCAUGAAUGGAGGAAUCUUCACAUUUUCAAGGACUCUGUUCGUGGCUUCCAGGGAAGGACAGUGGCCUCCGCUCUUCUCCAUGAUCCACAUUCGAAGGCACACACCACUUCCCGCUGUCAUGUUAAUGUUCCCUUUGGUUACUGCCAUGGUGUGUAUCGGAGAUAUCUACCAUCUAAUGAACUUCUUCAGCUUUUCCCGAUGGCUCUUCAUAGGAUUAGCCACCCUUGGGCUCAUUGUCCAUCGUCACCGCCACCCAGAGCUGCACAGCCCAUUCAAGGUUCCACUGUUCAUUCCUGUCUCUUUUACCAUCAUCUGCCUCUUCACGGUGGCAAUGUCUUUCUACUCAGAUCCAGUGAACAUUAGCAUUGGAUGUGCCGUGGUUUUAAGUGGUUUUCCAGUCUACUACCUCAUAAUCCGUAGGCAAAUGUCAAAUCGUUGCCAGAGCCCGUUUUAUUAUAUUACACACAAACUACAGUUACUGCUGGAAGUAGUCCAACAAGAAAUCAAGACUUACUGAGAAAACCAUUAGAACUCACAGGAGAAGAUAAAAUCUACUUACUCUGUUUCUGAUACCUUUGAUCCUACCAAAAGCAGCCCAUGAUCUUAUUCUUUUAAUCACUGCAAAUGAGGAUGAACCUGAGCCAAAACUUUGCUGCAAGUGUUCCUAAGCUUUCUGGUCGGGGUGAGCAUGUCACAUCUGUUUCUGACCUUUUCUUUUUUAGCAGAACGAUCUAGUUCUCUGAAAUGAGCUUGCUUUGCCUGCAGAGUGCGUUCAAAACCAAGAUCCUGAUUUUGCAGCCUAGUCCAGUCCUCAGUACAAUAGUGUGUGUGUGUGUGUAUAUAGACACAUGCACACAAUUUUUUAAUUUCCUAACUUGGCAAAUAGAGUAAGGGAGCAUGUUGCAGGACUUAGAGUCCAAUAUGUGGAAGCCAAAUGCAGGUUUUAAACUGAAACACUGUGGUAGCCAUGCUGUGGACAAUCAUUAUGAAGCGAAAUGGUUUGGGAGAGCAAAUUAGAAAUAAAGUAGAUUAAUUGGAAAGGAGGAGGCAGGGGGAUAAAACUUCAUUUAUCAGAAAGUGCAGAUUCUGGUUAAUGUGAAGAUAUUUGAAAACCCUUUGAAAUUCAAAUAUCAUCAAAGUCAGAACGUUUUGCGUUGAUUGUUGUAUAAGCAGAAAAAGUUUAUUUUGCUUUGAAAUAAUGUUUCAAUUUUGCAUUUUAUUUUUCUGAAAUGAUAUUACAAAAUACAAAAACACAUUUAAAAAAUCAGCUAAAUAUCAAUAAGAAGUGACAAAAUGGAUCCUGGUCCAUCCACCAACUGCCCAGCCCCACUCCUUACACAGUACUACCAAGGAAGCUGAAAACUCAGAUUUUGGCCCAACUCCAGUGAAAUACAAUUUCUACUUUAGUUAGACAAGACCACUGAUGAGACUUGGGCAGAUUCCUGAAUAAGUGCAUCUUUUGGUGCUGUAAGACGACAUGAAAGAUUUCAUGUCAAAGCUUUAAAUCCAUGGUCAAAUGACUUGCUGAAUCAAGACAUAAAUGCUAAUUUGAACUAUUGACGUAAGAAAUGUUUCCGUUAUUGAAUUACUUUGGUUUACAUUAUUAAUGUGGCAAUGUUAUGUCCAGAUUAAACUGCAGUUAGCUAUUUCCAGUCACUUAAUUGUUAAUCUUUUCCUAAAAGAUGGGAAAUAAUAUGCUGAAACUCCUCUAAGGACCACUGGAGAGAGGAAGAGCAGGAUGUAGAGCAUUUUAAAUCUUUUGUGUCAAGCAUUUAUGUACUUAGAGUAAAGCCAAAGUACCAUUUACAAGCCAAAUGUAAUCUACCAAAACUUGUAAAAUUCACCAUCGAGACUUAGAAAUAAAUAAGUUGUUGAGUUUUGUUUUUUUUUUUCCAAAACAA